AUGUCCUCAGCCAACCAGGAUGAGCAGAGCCUCGAAGACAGACACCCGCAAGUAAAUACUCCGGCGAUAUUACCUACAGAGACGCAAUGUUCUACGAUGCCCAAAAGAGAUUCUAGCGCUUGGCUCUCGCGAUGCAAGAAGACGUUGAUCAAGUUCUUAUCCUUCAUCGGUCCUGGCUUCAUCAUCGCUGUCGCUUAUAUUGAUCCUGGAAACUACUCAACAGACAUCGCUGCCGGUGCCUCUUACCGAUUCAAGUUGCUCUUCAUUGUUCUGUUGUCUAACCUCUUUGCUAUCUUUCUGCAAAGUCUCGCUAUCAAGCUAGGUACUGUCAGCGGACUUAACCUAGCAGAAGCCUGUCGAGCAUUUCUACCGCGAUGGCUGAACAUUAUACUGUACAUAUUCGCUGAAAUUGCUAUUAUUGCGACCGAUAUCGCUGAGGUAAUCGGUUUUGCAAUCGCACUCAACCUUCUGUUCCCCAAAGUCCCUCUCGUUGCAGGAUGUGCUAUCUCUAUCGCAGAUGUCAUGGUCAUUCUCUUGUUCUACAACCCAGACAAGUCUAUGAGAGGUCUGAGGAUAUUCGAGUACUUUAUUCUCUGCCUGGUUAUGGGAGUUGUGAUAUGCUUCUGUAUCCAGUUGUCGUUGAUACAAAACACUUCUGUUGGAGAGGUGUUCAAAGGCUACUUACCCUCAAAAAGCAUCGUCGAGCAACAAGGGUUGUAUCAGGCAUGUGGUAUUCUAGGCGCGACCGUCAUGCCGCACAGCCUGUACCUAGGCUCAGGCAUUGUCCAACCUCGACUACGCGAAUACGACGUCAAGCGAGGACUCGUGCCUCCCCGCCCGUCUCCGAGCAGUACAGGCAAUCAAGUCUCGGAAAAGACAUACUACAUCCCAUCGCUUGAAGCUAUCCAAUCCUCACUCAAGACUUCCAUCGCCGAACUCGCCAUCGCCCUGUUCACCUUUGCCCUCUUCGUCAACUCGGCUAUCCUGAUCGUUGCCGGUGCCUCUUUAUACGGGAAUCAAGACGCCGUUGAUGCCGAUAUCUUCAGCAUACAUGAUUUGCUCGCAUCAUCAAUCUCCCCUGCGGCUGGAAUCUUGUUUGCAUUGGCUCUGCUGUUGUCCGGCAUUACCGCGGGUAUUGUCUGUACCAUUGCCGGCCAGGUGGUCAGUGAAGGUGCUCUCAACGUCAAAAUGCGUCCCUGGCUACGCCGCUUGAUGACAAGAAGCAUCAGUAUCACGCCAAGCAUAAUUAUCGCUGGCGCAGUAGGCCGGUCCGGUCUCAACGCCGCCCUCAACGGCUCGCAGGUAGCUUUGAGUAUCGUUCUGCCCUUUGUCACCGCGCCCCUCAUUUACUUCACGAGCAGGAACAAGUUCAUGACUGUUAGAUCUGGUCCUGCACGACUGCAUGUUGAAGGACAGUCGACGCUGAUGACGGGACAGAGAAAUGAUGAAGAUGAUGUGAAAAUGAGAAAUGCAUGGUAUACUACCGCCAUUGCAGUAGUGAUAUGGCUGAUUAUCGCUAUUAUGAACGUCGCCAAUCUGGUGUUGCUUGGCAAGGGCCAGUAG